GGACCAAGAAACCAAGAAACCAAGAAACUGUCCUGCUAUAGAAAGCUAAUUUGGAGGAAAAAACCCACAACUAUCACAUUGACAUAAAACAGCAGCUAUGAACUUCUAUGAACUAUCUUUCAUUACAGUAAGGGCGGUGUUUGUUUGCACUAAUGUUAUGGCUAUUGUAUUAAAAAAAACAAAUUAUAUAUAAUCUGUAUGCAUUGCAAUUACGAGAAUGUUAUGGUGCAGCAAGUAAGAAUUUCAUUAUUCCGUCGUUAGCACAAAUGAUGAUAAACACUUGUAAAUAUUCGCACCUCUUCGGUGGAAACUGUCCGGCUGAGUCAAUACAGAAUCCUGGCAGCUCGUUUUGUGCACACUGACUUGCAGUAUUUUCUAUGCCAUUAAAAAAAAAACAUUUGUUGUUCCUUAAAAAUGCAUCAUGGCAACAUUGUGACAUCGCAGCAUUUAUAUACAAACAAAUGGGACUCCAGCAACACCCUGAGGGGAAAUUCUUCAGGUCGUUCUGCCGGUCCUGACUCAUUCCCAGUUCAUCCAGCGCCGGGGAAAGCAGCAAGUCGCUGCAAUCUUCCCCCCUUGUUUAUUUCGAGACGCGGUGGCCAGAAUAACACCGCCACGAGAAGAAAGAGUAAAAAUAACAUCUUGGGUGUUGUGGAAGGCGGGAGACCGGGACACUUGGUGCCUCCGUGCCCUCCUUCACUGACUGACUGACUGACUGCUUCGCUUCCUGGUUGCGGCGGUGUUGGGUCGUGAGUAAGUCGGGGGAAGGGGGGUUUCGGCGCCCGCCUUGUCGCGGGGAGAGAGUGUGUGUGUGUGAGGAGGCAGCUUCGGGGUGAAGAUCUCUCUCCCCCACCCCCCUCACCUCAUCACCCACCGAGCGGCACCCAUGGCGACUGUGGCGUGCAGGGUGCAGUAUCUGGACGACGUGGACACGUUCGUUUGCACCAACUUCCCCGAGCCCCGGAGACCACCGGUUUACAACCUGUACGACACUCUCCCCCUCAUCGCGCAAGUGGCGAGCAUCCACAAGCUGCUCGACGCCCCGCUCAAGUUGGAAGACUGUGCACUGCAGAUAGGUCCGAAUGGAAAUUACUUGGAUCUGGAGUUGUCAUUGGAUGAGCAGAGAGAUGACCUUGAAGGGUUUUUUGAAGAUGUUGGCAAAGGCAGACGCCCGACCCUAAUCCUCCGGACCCAGCUGUCUAUACGAGUCCAUGCAAUUAUAGAAAAGCUGUACAACUCGAAAGGCCCUGAUUUAAGAAGAUCACUUUUCUCUUUGAAACAGUUAUUUCAGGAUGACAAAGAUCUGGUGCCUGAGUUUGUCAAUGCUGAAGGGCUGACAUGUCUGAUCAAAGUUGGAGCAGAGGCAGACCAGAACUACCAGAACUACAUCUUAAGAGCUCUGAGCCAGAUUAUGCUGUUUGUGGAUGGCAUGAAUGGGGUUAUUGGCCAUAAUGAGACAGUCCAGUGGCUGUACACUCUCACGGGGAGCAUGCACCGUUUAGUGGUGAAGACUGUUCUGAAACUCUUGUUGGUGUUUGUGGAAUACACAGAGAACAACGCAGUUCUUCUGAUCCAAGCUGCCAACAUCGUGGAUGAUAAAAGAUGCACAAAGAACUGGACAAGUUUAGUUGAAAUUCUAGAGGAGAAGAAUGGCGCUGAUUCUGAGCUGCUGGUUUUCACAAUGACACUGAUUAACAAGACCCUCGGGGCUCUUCCAGACCAAGAUUCGUUCUACGAUGUUACUGAUUGUCUUGAGCAGCUUGGAAUGGAAAACAUCAUCCAAAGGCACAUGAGUAAUAAAGGAACUGACCCAGACGUAAAGCAGCAGUUCACCAUUUAUGAGAAUGCACUAAAAUACGAAGAUGGUGAAGAAGACGGGCACACGCCAACUUCACGAAGGGACAGAAGGAAGCUGACGCCUAAUGUGGAUGAUGGACGGAAGAGCAAGCGAUCUUCAGGCCAAAUUAUGGCUGAGCUGUCACCAACCAGGCCAGCUCAGGCUAGUCCUCACAACCCACCUCCUGAGGGAAUGAGCCCCAACAGCCCCACAACACAUGACAUUAAGACUUCAAAAGUGAUUUCUAGCCAUUCAAAACAAUCUGAAGACCUAACACAAUCUGAAAUAACUUCAACCACACAUGUAGCCAGUGCAAGAGACUUAAACUCGCCAUCUGUAGACCAAGUGGAGGUUUCAACAGGGGAAUGCUCCUACAUCAGCCAUUAUGUAGCAACAUCUUUCACCUUUCCAUCAAGACCUAGGGCUGUUAGUCAAGCACCAGAUGAGAGCUCCCCGAGCUCCACCAGGCCUACUGUGCAAAAUUCAUAUCCAUCAUUUAGUAAUUCAGAUUUGCUGAAUGCAUCUUCAGAAAACAAAACUGUGAAAGCAGGCCCUGGCGAAAGAAGUAUUUUCAAGGCUGAGAGGAUUCAGAUUAAGGAUAAACCAGUUCUGCAAAAGUAUGCAAAUCGCUUUUUAGAAAAUCUCGUUGCAACGCAAAGAGAGAGGGAUGUGAACAAAUCAUGUUUACACCAUGCGAUGUCAACAUCCAUGGAAAGAACCUCUGAUGCAGUUGAAGUGCUAAGUGAAAAGGAGCAACAGAAUGAAGCGUUAAAUGAAAGAGAGCCAUGUUCAGCCUCCAGCAGCUCUUCCACCAGCAGUACGUUGGAGAGGGAAGAGAGAGAAGACAGACAGGCGGGCGAUAACGAGACAGCAGGACAGUGCCUCAUCCGUCAGUCCAGUUUGGAUCAGUGCAGUGCUAUCUCCAAUGACAAAAAAUUCAUGCUGGACAUGUUGUAUGCAAAAUCCGAGCCCAGCAACCUGGAAGUAACCCAGGAAGAGGUCCCUACUGCGAUCGAGGAAAAACUCUCAGAGGAGGCUCUGGUGGAAUCCGCGGAGAAUUUGAUCAGACACUUUUCCAGGCAGGACAUCCAUCAGAAUGUGGAAAGCCCAAAGAAACCUGCAAUUGAAAGCAUCCCUGGGAAUGUAAAAGCCACGGUGGAGAGAUUUGCUGAACCUCAGAUCAAGGUUUUGAAGGAACAGUUUAGCAUUGAUGGAGAACUGAAUGAGAAGAAUGGGGAGAAGUCUCCCAUAAUUAUGCCAUUGAAGAAAGACUCUGAAUACAUGUGGGAUCAACUUGAAGCAAGUCCCAGAGAGCUGAAGAUCAAAGACUUGGACUUCACAGAUCUCCGGGAUGAGGAGGACACAGAUGUUCUGGAUGCAGACUCGGGUGUGGCCGAUAAACCAGCUGCUCCAUUACCGAGUAGUUCGACGGUUCCACAUGUACCACCACCUCCCGGGUGUCCCCCACCACCUCCCCCUCCCCCUCCCCCUCCACCGCCAUCCUUUGGACAAGUUCCAAGCCCCCCCCUCCCUCCCCCACCUCCAUCAUCUAAGUUAUCAUCGCCGCACGGAGCCGUCUCUGCAUUUGCAAAUAAAAGAAAAACUGUUAAGCUCUUCUGGAAGGAACUAAAGCAGCCAGAGGGCCCUUUCAGGAGCUGUAAAUUUGGCCGUGGAACAGUCUGGGCCUCCUUGGAUAAAGUGACUGUGGACACCACUAAAUUGGAACACUUGUUUGAAUCUAAAGCCAAGGAACUACCUACAAAGAAAGGAGGAGAUGCCAAAAAGCAAGGAUUAAUCAUACUGGAUCCAAAGAGAAGUAAUGCGAUUAACAUUGGUCUUACGGUGUUACCUCCAGUACAUAUUAUCAAAAACGCCAUUCUCAACUUUGAUGAAUAUGCGAUCAACAAAGAAGGCAUUGAGAAAAUUUUGACCAUGGUUCCUACCGAAGAAGAGAAGCAGAAGAUCCAAGAAGCUCAAUUGGCAAACCCUGGUGUUCCCCUGGGCACGGCUGAGCAAUUCCUUUUGACCUUGUCCUCCAUCAAUGGGAUCAAGGCCAGGUUGCAGCUCUGGGCUUUUAAACUAGACUAUGAGGUCAUGGAAAAGGAAAUAGCCGAACCAUUAUUUGACUUGAAGCUUGGAAUGGAGCAACUUGCAAAGAAUAAAACUUUCAAAUCAGUUUUGGCAACACUGCUUGCCAUUGGAAAUUUUCUGAAUAACACGAGUGCCAAAGGAUUUGAACUGAGUUAUUUGGAGAAAGUGUCUGAAGUAAAGGAUACUAUCCAGAGGCAAUCUUUGCUGUAUCAUACGUGUAACCUGGUGGUGGAGAAAUUCCCAGACACAACAGAUGUGUAUUCAGAAAUUGCAGCAAUCACAAGAUCUGCCAAGGUUGAAUUUGACCAACUGGCAGAAAGUCUUGUUCAGCUGGAAAGGAAAUGCAAAGCUUCGUGGGAUCACUUGAAAGUGAUAGCUAAACACGAAACAAAGCCUUUUUUAAAAAAUAAGAUGACGGAAUUUCUAAAGGACAGCACAGAAAGGAUAAUAAUCCUCAAGGUGGUACAUCGUAGAAUAAUAAACAGGUUCCACACUUUCCUUUUGUACCUUGGUCACCCUUCAUCCACGGCCCGGCAGAUGAAGAUUACCAGGUUCUGUAAAAUAAUUAGCGAAUUUGCACUGGAGUAUCGGACAACACGAGAGCGGGUGCUGCAGCAGAAGCAGAAACGAGCUGCUUACCGGGAGAGGAACAAGACGCGGGGCAAAAUGAUCACUGAGACAGCAAAGUUUUCCACAGCGGCGGGUGGCACUGAGAUCUCCCACACCCCUGACCCGCUUGACCAGCAGCUGCAGGCAGAUGAACAGCACGAGAACAUGAAAAACAUUUUGACGACACCAGAGCCACAGAAUCGAAGGAGCAGAGGAGGCAAUAGAUCUGUUGGAAGAAUCAGUCCACCAAAUCUCUCCACCUCUAAAGAUGGAGCCGAUGGAGCAAGUCCAGCCGAUGAUGCUACGGAUGAAAUCAUGGACCGCCUGGUGAAAUCUGUCACACAGAAUCCCAAUCAGAGGCCAUCUACUCCCAAAGAACGCAAAAGGUCAAGAGCAAACAGGAAAUCCUUACGAAGAACUCUGAAAAGUGGUUUGACCCCUGACGUGGUCCAAGCAUUGGGUUUGUCUAAAACAUCAGAAGUAGAAGUAUAAAACAAUUGGUCUGAAGAAUGGGUCCCGACCUGAGACAUCGCCUGUUCAUGUCUUCCAGAGAUGCUGCUUGACUUGCUGAGUUACUCCAGCAUUUUGUGCUCUAUGCCAGAUUCUAGCAUCAACAGUUCCUUGUGACUACUCUGAAGUAUAAAACAACUUAAAUACAGAGGAAACACAAUUUGGUGCCUAAACAUUGACACUUCAGUAACGGAAUAAAUAAAAAAAUACAGAAAAUAUUUUUGUAUUCCUCAAUUUGUGGCAAGCUCCAAAAUGUUACAAAUACUUUUAAUUAUUAUGAUAGGCCUGAGUCUUGUCUUUGCAUAUUGUUGGAUGGAAUCAUGUAUGGAACAUAAAUCAUUUGGAUUGGGUCCACUAAAGUUGAUAGUCAAACUCAUUCCGGAUAAUGGAUUUAGAGGGGAAAUUGAGGUUCAGCCUAAGUGCUCAAAAUGUCCCUUUGAAACUUGAGCUCCAGCAGAUAUUUUCUGCCUAAGUUACCAGCAUUCAAUUGAAAACCUGCAUAAAUAUUUCACCCCAAAAAGCAUUCUCCAAUAUUUCUUGAAGACAGUGAUUUUGCUAGGGUACAAUCCUCUGGGUAUUGUUUACCUGCUAGCGACUUACCCAGGAACAAAACUGGAUAGCGAGUGGCAUCAAAUAAUUAGAAGAUAAGAGCUUCCCAACUCAAUUUGAUCCUGUCCUCAUUCAAGGUUCACAUUUGCACUUCUAGAUGGGCACAACAUGCUGGAGUAACUCAGUGGGACAGGCAUUAUCUCCGGAGUCUCAGUCUGAAGAAGGGUCUCGGCCUGAAACAUCACCCAUUCCUUCUAUCCAGAGAUGCCGCCUGUCCCACUGAGUUACUCCAGCAUUUUGUGUCUAUCUUCAGUGUAAACCAGCAUUUGCAGUUUCUUCCUACAAACUUCUAGAUGGAACUCAGUGGAAGGGAAUCAUCCAUGCAAGCACUGGCCAGAGUAUUCUUCUAACUACACAGACAUGAAGGACCCUUCUUUCUUCUAUUGGCAAUAAUUAACAGACUGACUGUGUACCAAGGAUUGAACUUGAGGCCUCCUUGGUAUAUGUGGCAUAUGAUGCUUUUACCCUUUGAGCCAACAGGGUUUUCCACUAAACUUUAAAUACUAAGGAGAUUUAAUUGACUUUGGGUUGAUUAGAACAGCUAUGUCUUUAACCAUGUUUAUAACUUUGUAAAAUUUAAAAUGUGUUGUACAAAUAUUUUGAACUGACAGGGUGGAGAAUUGAAAUUAAUAAUAAUGAAUUACUACCUUGUAGUUUUUUUUUAAAAAGGAUAAAGUAUAUUCAUUUGUUAAGAUAACAAAUCAAGUGCAUUUGGAAUUGUCUUCUUGCAGCAUGAUAAAAACCUGUUAGCAGAUAUGCAUGGAAAAGCAUACUCUGCAUAAUCCAUAUUUUGGAUAUAAAUUUGCACUUGGAUGUCACCUUUAUUUUUUGGCAGUAUUAUGAUCACAUUUAAAAAACCACUAAUUGACAAAUCAAUUAUUAUAUUAGUUGCAGGGUAAUCCUGAAUGCUCCAAAGGCAUCUUCCUUUGAGUGUUUCGCAAGCUGACAAAACAAAUAUGCAGAUUUAAGCAAUAUAUUCACUGUUACAAAUGCACACAAUUCUACUUUUUACAUAGAAAAGGUCAUAGGUCCUUUAGGACUGUGCGAUGAGUUUUGAUAAACUUUUUAAUUUUAAUCUAUGAAAUAUUGUUUGUGAAUGUUUGUAUGAGUAUUAUUGCAACGAUUAAAUGUUUCAUGUUUUUCUCGUGA